AAUGCAGACUCAAAAAUUUACUUGGAUUAUUUUGCUGGCCAUCUGCUUUUGUGGAUGUGCACAGGUUAAAGCUACUGCCAUUAAGACGCCCAGGCUCCCAGAAAACUUAACAGAUUUUAAAUGUGAGGAGGAAGACGUUGGAUAUCAAUUCAACCUGACAGAGCUGGCUGGAUACUGGUAUGAGGCUGCCCGAAUGCCCAACGUCCAGGUGAUGGAGUGUCUCAAUGUCUCAGUUCCCUCUACGAUCGAGAGAAACAACCUAUCGCUGGAAUUGAACUACGUCAGCACGGUUAACAGCGGUUGGAAUUUCACCAAGGAGGAGGUCAGCUUUCCCUGGACCAACUCCACCCAGUACGGCAUCUUCAAUCUUGACGCGGGCAGCGUAUCUUACAAGCUGGUCACCACGGACUACGUUUCCAUCGCCGUACUCUGCGGCUACGGUAGCUCCUCGGUCAUCCCGAUCUUCAAGCUCUUCACUCGAACUCGCGAGGUUAGCCAGGAGAUCUACGAACUGAUCAAUACCCAGGCCGAGCAAUAUGGAUAUGAAUCCCUGAUUUCGUGGGAGAAGCAAUCGCUUGAGGAGUGCGGUGGAUCCAGUGGGCAAGCUCCUUUGGCUGCUCUAAUGGUUCUCAUCACUUUUUGCUGUGGUUUUUCAGUUUUGUUUCAAGCUGGCUUCUAAAUAGA